UGUAGAGGGCCUGUGCUCUUCAACUAGCACAGAUUUAUUUUUGGCAUCUGACAUUAGCAUUCACCCUUUUGCUAUGCUAACACAGUCCACCAUGAAGACUGACCAGCUGUGUUGAUAUCGUAAGUGAGCCAGUUGCUCGUUUGUUCCUUAUUUUAUAUGAAGUGUUUGGAUUAUGAUGGAUUUAACUGCAUUGUAAGGACUAAACACGCAUUGAUUGAUACGCUUGUUGUCAGCAGCAGCAGUACAGUAGUCUAGUUGCCUUGGAUAACCAGUCACGCCUACAUGACCAAAGAGGAUGAGAUCCCGGAUUGGGUGGGAGCUCAGGAGUUCUAUGGCAAAUAUGACCCCAAGGAGAUCCUGGGAAGGGGGGUGAGUAGCGUUGUGCGACGUUGUAUUCAUAAACAAACCCAACAGGACUAUGCGGUCAAAAUCAUCGACGUCACUCCUUCUGACAAGAUCUCGGCUGCAGAGAUCGAGGAGAUCAAAGAUGCCACCGUGAAAGAGAUUGAUAUUCUCAAGAAAGUCUAUGGAAUGGACAACAUCAUCCAGCUGAAGGACUGCUAUGAGUCCAAAGCCUUCUUCUUCCUGGUGUUUGACCUGAUGAAGAGAGGAGAGCUGUUUGACUACCUCACAGAAAAAGUAACUCUGAGUGAGAAGGAGACCAGGAAGAUCAUGCGUGCCCUGCUGGAGGUGGUUAAGUUUCUCCACGACCAGAACAUCAUCCACAGAGACCUGAAGCCUGAGAAUAUCCUGCUGGACGACAACAUGGACAUCAAGCUCACUGACUUCGGCUUCUCCCUGCAGAUUGAGCCCGGACAGACACUCAACGAGGUGUGUGGGACCCCAGGCUAUCUGGCUCCUGAGAUCAUUGAGUGCUCCAUGGACCCCAACCACAGGGGAUACGGGACUGCAGUCGACAUAUGGAGUUCAGGGGUGAUCUUGUACACCCUGCUGGCUGGAUCCCCUCCUUUCUGGCACAGAAAACAGAUGAUGAUGCUUCGUAUGAUCCUAGCUGGGAACUACGACUUCUCCUCUCCUGAAUGGGACGACCGGUCCGACACUAUCAAAGACCUAAUCUCCAGGAUGUUGGUGGUAAACCCAGAUCAGCGUUACACAGCCCAAGACUGCCUGAACCACCCCUUCUUCCAGCAGUAUGUGGUGGCUGAAGUACGACACUUCACCCCCAAGAGGAGGUUCAAGGUCGUCUGCAUGACAGUGCUGGCUGUGAUGCGCAUCUACUGUAAUUACCGCCGCGCCAAGCCUAUCACCAAGGAGGUGAUCAAGAGCGACCCGUACGCCAUCAAGCCCAUCCGCAAGCUAAUCGACGCCUGUGCCUUCAAGAUCUACGGCCACUGGGUCAAGAAGGGCCAGACCCAGAACAGAGCCGCCCUGUUUGAGAACACUCCCAAGGCCAUCCUGCUGUCCAUGGCGGCAGAGCCCGAGGACUCCUCCAUGCACUCCUGGUAAUGAUGAUGCUGUUUGUUUCUCAGUCCAGGUCCUAAGAGGAGGGAGGUGGGACUCUACAUAAGCAUGCCAUCUGUCCCAAUUAUCUAUCCUUUUUAAAUCCAAUGUUUUUAAAAUGUGUGGGGAGGUGUGUACGGCUGCACACAUCUGGAGAAAGGACAGAAUUGGGCUGGUAUGUCGUUGGGCUCGGCUCAGGAUUUCACUCCAUCGGUCUUAAUUGGGCUGAUUGAAGCGUGGGUGUGACGCAAUAACAAAAAAACACUUUGGGUUGGACACUUUAGAGAUGUAGCAUGAGAUAUAGCUUGUUUUUUGUAUCAAAAAGGAGGGGGGUUGGGGGUGAAAAUCCAUGCCAAUGGAUUGCAGCUAUUUGUCGCUUGACUGGUAUGUCUUUUAAACCAGUGGUUCUCAUACCUCCCUCGGGGACCCCCAGCCAUUCCAUGUAUUUGAUCUAUUCCAGAGCUAGCAAACAUGAUUCAACUCAUCACUAAAUCAAGCCCUUGAAUAUGUGAGCUAGUUUAGAGCUACAACAAAAUUGUGAUACGUCUCGGGGUAACCGAGGAGAGAUUUAAGAACCACUGUUUUAAACUAUGGAUUGAUUUUAACGAAGACGUGGGAAAUAUCCUAGAACUAUACCCUCCAAGACCUGCACUGAGGAAUAUUGGUCUGCUGUGUUAGACCACAUCCACAGUGAAAUGUUACAAUCACUUUUCUAGGGCUUAUACAGUAUUGCAGGUCUCAAAGUUAAAAGAUGGAAAUAAGAGCAUACAUCCAGGCUGUCCAUUCUAGUAUAUAGAUUUGUGUUCUGAAAUAUUGAACCCUACUGAAUUAUUCCUAGAUGCGGUGUUAAAAAGGUAAUUUCAACCAUAUAAUAAAGGGGCCUCAAACUCAGCACAAAUUCCAUAUGCAUACAGUGUUAUGUAAAAGACUGCAUUGCUCUGCAUGCAAAGCUUCUUAGUGCUAGUGAUUCUCCCCUUCGCUCAGUAUGUGCAAUGAACCCUGCAUACUUGAACUGGCAUGUACUAAGACAUGCAUUUUUUUGGGACAUACAUUGUGGGUUAUACUGUACUUGGUCAUGUACUGUAAACUGUUUAAGGGAGAGUGAACUAAAAUUGUACGCUAACGUUUUGAUGAAUUGUAUUUAUUAAAUCUGAACCUGAUUGAUUGA